GGCCGGGGAAACCUGAUGCUAAUUAAGUCUUAGGAAUGCCACAUACUGACAUUGUAGUGCAGGAGCCCUCAGUGUGGCUCAGGCAUGGAGAGAGCCAGCAGCUUUUAUUUCUCACAGACGGUCGGAAAAGCCGGACUCAUCAAACCCUGGAGUUAAAGGAGGAGAGAGAGUGAGAGAGAUAACUUGACGCAAAAUGGGUUUAUUAACACCAGAGCUGUUGCUCCUGCUGUCUUGGGUAUCACUGCAAGCUGUCGCAGAGAUUUGCCGCGGGACGCACUGCUACGGCGCGGAAACCGGCGAUCCAAGACCGUGCACCGGAGCGCACUGUCCGGGGAGCAGGUCCUCCAGACCGCCUCGGCAGUUCAACCCAACAAGUCAGGGGAGAGCUGCGCAAAUAGUCACCAGCCAACAGUAUGCGCACCAGAGCUUUCAGAGAGACCCUUAUCCGGCUGGACAGCCUCUGCGCGGGCGGCACGGUGACAGCAGCAGCGGUACGCGGAGGAGAGCGCCUGAAGUUUACCCCGGGUGCACGGAUCCGGACUGUGUCGCUCCUGUGAAACAAUUUCAGCCCACAAAUGACACCCGAGAGUGUAGAGGGAUCGAGUGCAGACUGCCGUUCAGGAUACGGCCAAAAACUCGAGCGAAGCCAUGUGUGGGAGAGGGAUGUUUGGUCGGUUCAGAGGAGAGCGUCUCUUCAUCCACCGCCAGCCAGCUUCCUCCUCUCCAUCUGUCUGACAGAGCCGCGAUGUUCCUGGGAGAUUUUCCGGAGCUGGGUUAUCCGUCGCCAGAACUCGGCAGCGCGCCUUUGGGUGUCCAGCUCACAUGUGACAUCAAACCAGGUGAGAAUGAAGUUCCCUCCGAAGAUGCCCUCAUUCUGCACCUCCAGCUGGCAAAAGGACAGGAGAAGCUGGUGGAGGCCAUGAAAGCGCAGCAGGUCGUCAUCCGAGACCUGCAGCAGAAGCUCGCCGACCAACAGGAGGCGCUACUUUCCCAGCAGAGGGAGAUCCUGGGGCAGCAGCAGCGCAUGUACGAGCAGAUGGACGUGGUGAAAGCGCAGUACGGCCUCCUCUCAGACACCAUCAAACAGGUUUCCUUCCAGGGUCUGCAGGGCGAGCUGCAGAGCUACUUUGAAAGCCACAUGGCGGGUCUGCAGAGCCAGGCCCGCAGCCACCUGCAGAAGUCCUACGCAGUGCACAAAAUGGACGUGGACGCCAAAGUGAUGGAUGUAGUCGGAGAGGCUCAUUUCCCUCAGCCUCUUCUGGGAUGUCCCACGCCCUGUGGACAGGAGGAGUUCUGUGAUUUUCAGAAGGACCCGCCUCAGUGUGAGAAGUGCACCAUGUGUCCACCAGGCUUCUUUCUGAUCUCACAGUGUUCUCCGACUGCAGACAGGAUGUGCCAGGACAGAGAUGAAUGCCUUGAAUUACCCAACAUCUGUGGAGAGCGAGUGAAGUGCCUUAAUACUCCAGGAGGGUUCAGGUGUCUGGGAGCUUCUGAGAGAGAGGCAGUGAUGGGUCUUUGUGGUCACGGCUACUUUUACAACCCGGAGCUGCAGGAGUGUCAGGCGUGCACUGAGUGUGAUGGAGAGCCUCUCGCCGUUUCCUGCACAGCCGUCAGCGACGCCGUCUGCGGCCAGCCGUCAGAGAGCCGUCUGUCCCAAUCCUGGGCCGCCAAUGUGGCAGUUCCUCCUGCCGGCACCCCUGGCAUCAACAUCUUCCCCGGGCUUCAACUAAACAUCCGAGGCAAAGAGGUCACGGAUCUGUUGUCCAAUGAGGCAGGGCAGGUGAGGUUCCUGCAGCACGGCCUCGUCUGGUUGGACCAUAAUUUUGCGAUUAAGCACAGUUGCAGAAACUUCCUUCAGGUGGGGAUGAGGCUCAAUGGGAGCCAGGAAGAGGAGGGUCAGGACCUCAGCGGAGUUCGUAUUGAACAGCCAGAUGGGAAAUACUUCCAGGGUGUGAGCGUGAGCAGUGGGGUUGAGGUGGAGCCUAACCAUACGUUCACUCUGCAGCUGAGGAGUCCCAAUCACCACUGCAAUCAGAGCAAGGAUAUUCACAUCUAUGAUGUCAACACUCCCUCCUUCAGCCUGCUCUGGUUGUCUCAUGAUACCGGAGCUGUCGCCAUGACGGCUCAGAUGUCCCUGUUGGCACACUACCAAACAAGCUACCGUCCAACUCUCCGCCUGACCUCAGUCUCUGACCCGUAUAUGAUCAUCUUAACCCAUGACAACCGCGGUGUACGCUUCACAGAAAGCGGGGUUGUCAAGUUUGUCUUCCAACAGGCUCUGUACUCUAUGGGGAACACCUGCGUUCGAGAGGGUUUCUCCCUGAUCGCCCACACUAAUCAAAACGGGACUGGCCAGGAGGCGAUGCAAGCCUUCAAAACAGGCGUCCACUACAGGGACACCUCCAUCACCCUCUCUGGCACCGUCAGUGUGAAUAGCGGGGACACCCUAAGCUUUGAGAUUCAAUCUCCAUCCCAGUGCAACAUCCGCUACUUUGGCGACAACACCGGGAUCAGCAUACUUAGUCUGAUCUGGAUACCUUCAGCAGUGUCAUCAGCCCUGAGUGCCACGGUGUCCAGGACGGGUCUGCCCUCAGGAGCAGUGAGGAACAAACCGCUGUUAUUCCAUCAGAUCAGCCCGGACACCCCGCAGGUUCACUUGGCCCGAUCAGGAGAGCUGAGCAGCCGGAAAAACUUUAUCUUCCACGAGAAAGGCAUCGCGAACAUAGCCCUCAACCUGAAGCUGAUACACUCUUGCAAUGUUGUUAAGCUUACUUUGCAGCAGGUUGGGGGUCAGGGCGGGCAGGCAGGUCCUGUGGCUCAGCAGGUGUCUGGACAUAUGCCUGAAGGAAGCCAGUGGGCCAGCAUUGGGCUGAGGACCUCUUUCUCAGUCCAGAACGGUACCGCUGUCUUUGUCACUCUGGACUGCAUCCGCGGACGAGUUAACCAGAUAACACACGAGGGUGGCACUAACAUUUCAAUCCUCUGGGUUGCAGUGUAAUCAAGAAGAGGAUGAAGCAGUCAGUAAUUUUAUACUUUGAAAAAAACAAAAGAGAAAAAAAAGACACUUUUGCACAUUAUUGAAUUGCAGAGCAGAUUCAACAAUUUACCAAAUGAAGGAUGAAAAACAAUAUAAUUCAUUUUUUACACAUAUUUGUAUUGUUAGACUUGUAUUGAGAAAUUACCUUUUUGUGUUAUUUACAUGUAAGUACUGAAGUACUUCGGCUGGUUGAGCAGUGACCAAUUCUUAAUGGAAAGUUUGUGUGAGCGUGUGUGUGUGUGUGUGUGUGUGUGUGUGUGUGUGUGUGUGUGUGUGUGUGUGUGUGUGUGAGCGUGUGUGUUAUUACUGUAAGUAUGAGUGUGUAUAAGAACAUGUACAGUGGUGCUCCAAUAUGUAUGUAUUUGUGUGUGUGUUGGCACACAUUGGCAUGCCUACUUUUGCAUAAAUGUAGUACGAGUUGUGUAAUAUAUUUAGAAGUGUAUGUAACAAAUCUUUUUUGUAUUAUAUCAAUACACAUUUAAAAUGAUCGUUUGUCCUUUUGGGAGAUGCAACACUCAAACUGUUAGCUUAGCUUAGCAUUAAGACUGGUAGCAGGGGGAAUGUUUUAACAUUGCUUGGCCUGAGGUGAACUAAAUUAAACCACCAACAUUUAUUUUGAGGUAUCCUAACAUUUUAUCUUUCUUAGUGUAAAAAGUGUCCCUAUUUUAAGAGGGCUAAAGCUCCAGAUAUUUCUUAAAGAACAGUUGAACCUCCUGAUGUUAACUUUUCUUUCUUUCUUUAUUAAGACCCCCAUUAGCACCAGCAUACGCAUCGGCUAUUCUUCCUGGGGUCAACACACAUCCCUUUAUACACACUUUUACAAAGAACAAUAUAACAAACAAACAAACAAAGACAAACAACAACACCAGCUCCUCUAGGGGAAUUCAAGUUCAUACAGAAGAGGAAAUUAAAUAAACGACCAUCUUUUUCACAAACAUUCUGCAGAAGAACACAAAACAAUCGUCUUCAGAUUUUCCUUCAUACAAAUCAUAUAAUGUACCAAUUCACCUACAUUUUUACAUUUUGAUGAACAUAAAUCAUUGUCUGAAUGACCUUUAUAACUAAAUCUGUAACCAUCCUUUUUACAGACAUUAAUUCCAAGAAAAGAGAAACAAAAUACAUUUCACAUUCUGCCAAACAGGCACAUUUACACCUUAUUUUACACUCAAUUUAGCAGUUCACUCACCUGGAUUUCACAGCUCACACUGACAUGCAGGAAAGACCCUUUGCCAUGCUAAAACAUUUUUCCAUAUAUUAAACAACGAUGCUCAAAUAGGGAGAGAAUAGAUGGGGAUUGAUGAGAUUUUCCAUCCUUUGGGCAAAACAAAGCUUGCUGUUUUUUGUGUUUACAGUAUUCAUGCUAAGCUAAACUAAACUAACUAGAUGCUCUUGCUCUGUCUUGCUCUGUAACCGCUGCGAGAGAGGAUUGAUUUUUCUUUACUGUCCCGACAACAUAUCGCAAAAUAACAUUUUCCAAAAUGUCAAACUAUUCCUUUACUUUUCUGAAGAGUAUUUGAAAGAGCUAUACACAAAUGUUACAUAGCCAAGCAAACAAUGAUAUUUUAUGUUUUUUUCACCAUAUUUAUUUGAGUUUUAUAAAACAGGACCGCAGUAUUUACCACUAUAGGAAGCACAUUUAUCUUAGAAAACAAUAUGCCAUGUAUAAAGCACAGAGUAGACAGUGUUUAUAUUCAAACACAUUCAUUCAUAGCCUCUUUGCACACAUGUAGUUUAACAUAGUUUUAAGCAAUGUACAAACAUCACACUUUGUUAUUCUUUGGCCUAAAUGCUAUUUCCCUGCAAAGUCGCUCAUGCACAUCGAGCUUAAUUGCCUCUGUGUGUGCUCUGUCCUCUAAACAAUUAGGCACAAUUAAGUGUUUCAGGGCCUUGGCAGCGAAGGCGCCAAUGAAAUUCUUCAGCUUUAUUUUCCCUUCAUUAUGUUCAGUGAUUUCUGUUUUUCUGUGGUUGGACUCCCUGCACAUGACUUGUGGAACAUCAAUGCAUGCAUUACUGUUCAACACCAAAUAAAAUGUAGAUCUAUUUUGAAGUACAAACACUCUAGUGAGAGUCAGAGUGAUGUUGCUUUGUGUGUUCAUUUAAGAAAACAGCAGUUUUAGAGCAGUUAAUAGGAUCUGAUUACUUCUUAAUCCAAUUAGAAAAUAAAAGCUUUUUUUUAACUUUUUUUGCAUGGUAUAGUUUUUUUAAUUUGGUCUAAUGCUUAAGGCUCCCAUACAGCCACAACAUGUGACCUCUUCUGUAACAAUGAUUUCAAUAUCUUGAAACUGAUUUGUUGUCUAACAUGACAAACAAGUGAACAGCUUUUAUUUCCAUUAAAUAAAAGGGGAAAAGUUUAACAGUCAGACUGUACUCAUUCCAUUUAAUC